CCUCUUUUUACUAGGUUAGGCUAUGAUUUGUUGGCUAUGCCUUUACCACGUACGACGUAGUUACGUGAAUUGGUGGAUUUCCCGACCGCAUUUGUUGGAAAUUUUAAGACAAGACAACGAGACAAGAAUUAAAUAGGAAAUCGAUCCGACCGAGAGAAUAUGGCCAAUAGGAAGCCAAAAUGCCAAGAACAAGACAACCCAGCAAUAUACCCUGAGUGCGAUCCUGUACAAGAUUGCCCAGGAGAUGAUGAGGCUGUGGGGAGAAAAAAUACAAUGAAACAAGAACACAAAAUAAACGAAGAAUUACGGGAUUUUCAAGAAUAUAUUCGUUCCGUCCAAGAGCAUAGAAUAUUUCAGCAGCAUGAAAGCUAUUUAACAUCUGAUGACAAAAGAGAAAUUAUAAAUAAAUGUUUUGAUGUGAUCCAGUUUCUCACUGAAAUAUCAGAAAAUUUCAACAUUAAGCAAUUACAGGCCAAAAGACUCGGAUUUGAAGACUUUGUUUGUAGCGUACUACACAGAUUACAACACAGAGCUCAGCUUGUAGGUGACAGAGAACAAGAAAAUAAGCGCAAUGAAGCUAUUCAAAGUUUUCAGAAGUACAUUCGUUCAGUUCAAACUUACGAAAUAUUUAAGAAAUUAAAAUCGUUAUUGACACCUGAUAACAAAGAUGAAGUCAACAAAAGAUGUCACGAAUUAGACAAAAUGCUCAGUGACAACCUGAGAAAGCUCGAUAUUAAAGAUAUUGAGUCCGAAAGACGAGAACUCGAUGAUUUUAUCAAGAUUCUCAUGAACAGUUUACAAAGUAAAGAUCAGGAAGAGAAAGGAAGGCAAGAACAAGAGCUACGAGUUGUAAUUCAAAGUUUUCGUAACUACAUUCGUUCUGUCCAACAACAUGAAUUAUUCAAACAGUAUGAAAGGUUUAUAUCUCCAGAAGAUCGAAACAAAAUUAAUAGAAAAUGUGUUGCAUUGGAGAAAUUUCUAAAUGACAAGAAAGAUUUCAAACUCCAACGGAUACAUAAAAAACAAUCAAAACUCGAAAGUUUUGUUAAUGAUAUGUUGAAAAGUCUGCAAUAUCAAUCCCAGAUCGCAGAACUAGGUAUGGAAAGAAAAGAAGAACAGGAACAACAUAAAGCAAUUAGGGAAUUUGAGCGAUAUGUUCAUUCAGUUGAAACGCAUUCUAUAUUCGGAGAUUAUCAAACGUUUUUGUCACCUGAUGAAAAAGAAGCUAUCAAAGUUGAAUGCAUCAGAUCGAAGGAAUUUCUUAGUUCAAAUUCUGAAAAGCUUGACACCAAAAAAAUACAGAUCGAGAAAGAAAAAUUUGCAAAGAACGUUGAAAGUGUUUUGGAGAUACUACAACAGGCAAGUGCACUCAAAUCGAUGUUUUUCACAAAUCUCAAAUCUCUAACAUUCUGGAAUCUUUAUUAG